UAAAUAACAGAUGCGGGUAAAAGAUCCAUCGAAAGAUCUCCCUGAGAAAGGCAAACGAAGUAAGAGACCCUUGCUACCUCAUGAUGAAGAUUCUUCAGACGACAUUGCUGGUUUAACAUGUCCACACAUCAGCUAUGCUGUCAGCGUGAAUCAUGUGAAGAAAGCAGUGGCUGAGAAUCUGUGGUCAGUCUGUUCAGAGUGCCUGAAAGAGAGAAGAGUCUGUGAUGGACAGCCAGUACUUCCUUCUGAUGUUUGGCUGUGCCUCAAGUGUGGCUUUCAGGGAUGCGGUAAAAAUUCAGAAAGCCAGCAUUCACUGAGACACUUCAAGAACUCUGGGGCAGAGUCCCACUGUGUUGUCAUUAGCCUGAGUACGUGGGUCAUUUGGUGCUAUGAAUGUAACGAGCAGUUAUCGACGCAUUGUAACAAGAAGGUUUUGGCUCAGAUAGUUGACUCUCUCCAGAAACAUGUUCUUAAAACACAAACAGGUGCAUUUUCGAGAAUCAUAAAACUUUGUGAAGAAAAACGUGAAACAGGUGAAAUAAAGAAGGGAAGGAAAGGCAGCUGUGUGCCAUCUGUUAAAGGAAUUACAAAUCUAGGAAAUACUUGCUUCUUUAAUGCAGUCAUUCAGAACUUGGCUCAGACUUACAUUCUGUUUGAACUGAUGAACGAGAUGAAAGAAGAUGGCACCAAACUCAAGAUCUCUCUUUCGUCAGCUCCACAGCUGGAUCCAUUAGUGGUGGAACUUUCAAGCCCUGGACCAUUGACUUCAGCCUUGUUCCUGUUCCUUCACAGCAUGAAGGAGGCUGAAAAAGGACCACUUUCUCCUAAAGCUCUUUUCAAUCAGCUUUGUCAGAAGGCUCCUCGGUUUAAAGGUUUCCAGCAGCAGGACAGUCAGGAGCUUCUGCACCAUUUGUUGGAUGCAGUGAGGACAGAGGAGACAAAGAGGAUACAAGCCAGCAUUCUGAAAGCAUUUAACAACCCAACAACUAAGACUGCUGAUGAUGAAACGAGAAAAAAAGUCAAAGCCUAUGGAAAAGAGGGCGUGAAGAUGAACUUCAUAGAUCGGAUCUUUAUUGGCGAAUUAACUAGCACGGUCAUGUGUGAAGAAUGCGCGAACAUCUCCACUAUGAAGGAUCCGUUCAUUGAUAUUUCACUUCCUAUUAUAGAGGAAAGGGUUUCAAAGCCUGUACUUUUGGGGAAAAUGAGUAAAUGCAGAAGUUUACAGGACACAGACCAAGAUCAUAACAAAGCCACCGUUACUGUAGAAAAUACCCAUCAACCCAGAGCUGCCAAGAAGCAGUCGUCACCUAAAGAUAAGAAUCAACUCAGUCAUGACAGAAAACAUUUAAGAAAAUUGCCACCUGGAGAAGAGAAAACUUCUCUCAUUCAGAAGAAUGAGAACUUGGAAGUGAGCCACUUUUCCAGCAUCAGGAGUACUGAGUCAUCACUCAACGAAAGCCCCACUGAUGGCAGUGAGAAAGAAGCCAGCCUUUCUGAAAGCAGUGCUGAUGCCGACAGCGAAGCUUCUGAGUCCGAGAGUGCUUCCAAGCGGACUGUGCUGUUCCAGUCCAAUGGGGACCCCUGUGGGCACACGGAGCAGCACCUGCACCCCACAGACACACAUAGUGGUGAUGAAGAAAUGGCUGAAGCGAUCGCUGAACUUCAUUUGAGCAAUGCUGUGAUUGGAAAUAGAGAUUUUCACAGGGAAAAACAGCCACCAAAUGCCCCAAAUAAUUUGUGUUUUUCAGAGGGAAAACACAUGAGGUUUCACAGUGCUCAACAUGCUUUUCAAACUCUUUCUCAGAGUUAUGUAACUACGUCUAAAGAAUGCUCAGUACAGUCCUGUCUCUACCAGUUCACAUCCAUGGAGCUGUUAAUGGGCAACAACAAGCUUCUUUGCGAGGACUGUACUGAAAAGAGACAGAGAUGCCAAAAAGAAACCAGCUCUGCAGAAAAGAAAGCAGGAGGUGUUUAUACCAAUGCCAGGAAGCAACUGCUCAUAUCUGCUGUCCCAGCUAUCCUAAUUCUCCAUCUUAAAAGGUUCCACCAGGCUGGCUUGAGUCUUCGUAAAGUAAACAGACAUGUAGACUUUCCACUUACCCUUGACUUAGCGCCAUUCUGUGCUGCUACCUGUAAGAAUAUAAGUGUGGGAGAGAAAGUUCUCUACAGUCUCUACGGUAUAGUGGAACACAGUGGCUCAAUGAGAGGAGGCCAUUACACUGCUUAUGUGAAAGUGAGAGUGCCCUCCAGGAAGUUAUCUGAAUCUAUUCCUGGAAGGAAAACCGUGCCGGGUGUGAAAGAAGCUGAUAGUGAAUUGGGAGGCCACUGGGUCCAUGUCAGUGACACUUACGUGCAGGUGGUUCCAGAGUCAAGAGCGCUCAGUGCACAAGCUUAUCUUCUUUUUUAUGAAAGAAUAUUAUAACUAUGUUAA